AUGAACGAAGCUCUCGGCGAGCAGGUGAGAGAUGCUUCUGAUGAGACCUUUGUGCUCUUCAGUCAAGAUUUGCCCUCGAAUAGCCUAGGCUUUGUUGAUGCCAAAGCGGAUGAAAUUGACAUCGACAUAGGCAUUCGCUCUUUCGUACUGAAGCAGUCUCCAGGACUGUUGAUAUCUCAACGAGACACUGGCACGACUGGAGCAGUGCUCUGGAAGGUCAGUCCAUUGGUUGCCCAGUGGCUCACGUCAAAGCCAGCAGCACUAUACGAGAAGGGCAUCCUAUCUGAGGACGCUACAGUCGUCGAACUUGGCUGUGGAAUUACCGGGCUCAUUGGUGUUGCAAUGUCACCUCAUGUUGACACGUAUGUCCUCACGGAUCAGGCGUACAUUUCGAAACGCGUUCAUGAGAACAUCGCCGAAUGCAGGAUUACGCAGAAAGCACGGGGUGCUAGCAAAGCGGCGCUCAGGUUCGUGGAGUUAGAUUGGGAAAAAGACAAGCCGUCCAGGGCGGGUCUGUCCCUGAGACCCGGUCAGAAUCUAGACCUCAUCAUUGCGUGCGACUGCAUAUACAACGACUUUCUCAUCAAGCCACUUGUUCAGACAAUGAUCGAUCUCUGCCGGCUGAAAGUGAGCAGCUCCAAGCCAACAGCAGUGCUUGUUGCUCAACAGUUGAGAGACUCUUCUAUCUUCGAAGACUUCAUGGCAUCAUUCUUGGACGAUUUUGAUGUAUGGAGACUAGCAGACGAUGCCUUGCCGGCAGGCUUGCGGUUGGGCUCGGGCUAUACUGUUCAUCUCGCCUGGUUGCGAGAACGCCUGUCAGAUUGA